GUCCAUGUCACCAAAAAUUAUUUCAAUUUUGUUCACCAGUGUUAUCAGAAGAUCGAAAACACUCUGUAAUGUUUAAGAAUGUCGUGUCACAUCGAGUUUGGGUAGGCCGUAUGGACAGUAGGCAUGCUGUUGCAAUUUAUUUUCCAUCAGUACUUUGAAAUCAAAUAGAAUGUUGGAUGUUUUAUGUUAAUUUUCUUAUGCUGGCUUUACAGUUGAGCAAUAUGAUGAAAUUUCACCUUAUCUUCAGUAAAACAUUUUUUCAUGAUUUUUCGAAUUCUAGGCUAUAUUUGUAAUGUCACGUCGGAUUAUCAAAAUUAUUUGUGUUUUUUAUGACAAUACACAAGCUUUUUACCACACGUAUUACGAAGGAAACGUAUGAUAAUAUGAUGUUCAGUAGGGAUGCUUAAUUUUUUUAUCAAACGACGAGAAGAAAAUAGAUAAUGGACGCUCAGUUACAACACCGCACCGAGGGAGCGAAACUUGACCUAGAAUUCAGACAAAUACUAUGCAUUAUCAAAAGCUAUAUACCUACUGUGAAUUCCAAUGAGCAGUUGCUGCUGUUCAAAUCGUGGCUAGAGAAACUGAGUGCUCCCACAACGGAAGAAGCUGAGAGAAAUAGGUAUCUGUUAGAACUCGCAAGGCAAAUCAAAGAUGGGGACAUUUCACCGCCAUUUGAUCGAGAGCCACCUCCUGGAGCAUUCCAGAAUUUUCCGAAGCUGAACUACUAUUUAUAUAAUCCAGAGGAAUCACCAAUCAAAAGCUUCAAAAACAUCUCUUGGCCGGAAAACGAAGGACCUAUGAAUGAAAUGUCUUUUCCGGUGCCAUCUCAUCCAAAUUUGUAUACUUUCAAUACCCCAAAGUGUUCCAACGAGGGACCUUUAGCAAAUCAAUAUAAUACUUCACCAAAACCACCACAUCCUCCACACCACUCUCAUGCUAAAAUGAACCUUGAAACCGCUCAGAUACUUCCACUGUUCGAUGAUCCAAAUUAUCUGUUUCGUCAGAUGCAAGAUCCUUCUCAUGGAAGUCACAUGGAAAAUAUGAAAUCCAUGUCCCAAGGUCAUUAUGAAGAGCACCAUAAAAACCCACCUAAACCAAAUCAGACCGAAACGUCGAAGCUAACGGUUAAAGGUAAAAAGAAGAAAGUCGACAGGACAUCUGCGCCUGUCUGUCAAAGCGAUCCCGCAGUUGGGACCAAUUUAAGCCCAGCACCACAAAAUACGCUUGAACCACAACAUUUGAAAUAUGAUGUGAAAGAGUCGAAGAGAAACGAGGUUGCAGAAGAUAGUUCUUGGUGUGACCUGACUGAUACAAGCCUGAUAUCUAUGGGACAGUUAACAUCGUUUCCUUUUGUGAACUCUAUUCAGACGCCAUACAAUAGUGAGGAGAAAUAUGAAAAUGAUACGGAUUGUGAUGAUAUGAGUGACACCUCAGCAUCGUCAAUCAGGUCAACUCCGGAUGUGACUGAAGAGACAUCUCGUCAGGAGGUGAAACUCAAGGAUACUAAUUUCGUUCCAAACGAUUGGAAGAAGAUAAUAGGAGCAUUGCAGCUUAGAUUGACGGAGACUUUACACCAGAACAACAAUUUAAAUAGGAUCGUAGACGAGCUGAAGAACGAAAUAAAAUUGGCUAAGGAUCAGUACCAUUGCAGUCAUAAGAGGACAAGUGAUCUGAACAGGAGGGAAGUAGAAAUGAUGAAAAAUUUACAAAGUGAUGCAAUCAAAAAAAUUGAAGAAAAUCACCAGGAGAAAUUAGAUGAGCUUGAUAACAGUUACAAAAAUAAAAUGGAAAAAUUGCGCGGUGAAUACGAGACGAAAAUUACUGAUUUAUACACAGCUCGUGAGAAUGACAUAAAGGCCAAAGAUGCAGAAAUUUCGAGGUUGACUGACAUCAUACAGCAGCAAUGUACAAGUAUAUCUAACGAAAUAAAAAGUCUCAGAACUCAGUUGGAGAGCUCUAUGUGCAAUAAUAAUGGAGAAAGGGUCAUUGUACUCCAAAAAUGUGUCUCCAAAAUGGACAAACUAUUCCACAAGUCAGAAAAAGAGUAUAUGAAGCAAAUUUCAAAAUUGAAACAGGAACUGGAAAUCAAAGAUAGAGUAGCGCAGAUACAGCUAAAAACUCAAAAAGCUGAGCUGAUCGCUAGGACUUUCUCGGAGAAGCAGAAACAAUUUGACGAAAUAAUAAAUAGUUUAGAAGUGAAAUACAUAAAGAUGUUGGAACACCAUGAAAAUCAGGUCAUGGAAACCAAGAAACAAGACGAAGAAAAAAUAAAUUCAUUAAAAAGCUUGCUUCAUAAGCAUGACAUUUCAUUUGACAUCUAAUAAUGUGAUGUUUCGUACAUACAUAUGUUCAUAUACACCUAUGUAAUAUCAAUGGUAAUAUUAAGUAAAAAAUAAAGGCAUUUUACAU